AUGAUUUCAUUUGUGAGACUCAACAACAAGUUCCACAGACCUGGGGAUGUUGUAACUGGUCACAUUGUGGUUCAGACAAAAGAGAAGUUUUCAAUAGAGGCAUUGGAACUCUGUUUUGAAAGAAGAACACGUCUUCUAAUUGAAGGAAAUUCAAAUACGUACCAUGACGUUGAUCACGACGCAGUGGUCUUCUCCAAGAGGAAUAUGGUGCUAGAUAGCGUAGAAAUAUCAGCAGGAGAGCACCAGUUUCCAUUCAAAUUUCUACUUGGACAAAAUGAGGUUUCUAGUUCAACUGUAAGAAGAUAUUUUGGUGAAACAAGAGUUGACUUCAUCAAUGAUUACAUAAUAUAUACGAUAUGUAAUGGAGUAAGUGGAAAGGUAACACACCUGAAUAGUUACCAGGAGAGUGAGCCGUCUCUGGAGAAGGACGUGGUGCUGACACAAAGCAACUUUCUCUGUACUCUUAAGAGAAAUGUCGUAAAAUUGGUAGUGGAUAAAAUGGGCUAUUUGCCUGGUGAAUUGGUGAAGCCUGUUCUCAGAAUAAGCAAGAAUAACAUCAAGUCGAUUCAUAAGGUGACAUUUGGAGUAUACGAGUGUUUCAUUCACAGGAAUCACACGAUAAGAAGCAGGAAAAUAGCAGAAACAAAUGGAUACUUGGUGGAUCACAAUGAGAUUGCUGGCUGUCUGAGACUGCCCACUUCAACAGGCGCAACGUGCAAGGAUCCUCUCUACGACGUCCAGAUUGUCGUAGAGGCCUCCGUUCAAUUACAUAAGAGCACUCUAAAAAUAAAAAAGAACCUGAACGUAAAACAGGUGAAAACACUGUUGCCAGAAAAAGAGGAAUCUUUCGCAUUACAACCCGUGAUACACAGAGAUCAUGUCAUAAAUUACUACUAA